UUCUUUAACCCUUGUUUUUGUGUGUACCAUCUGUGUCGUAAUAAAGCGCGGAAGAUCCAACAACAAUAUUUUAUACAAGAAAUUGCUUUGUUCCUUGAUCAAAGAAUCUCAUAGUAGGACGUGGAUACACUUGAAUUGUACAAUGUCAGAAAAUAGGUAUGAAAUUGGGCAGUGGAAUCCAGAAACAGUUUCUCACACUGAAGAGAAGCUCCCCCAGCUGCGCAGGCCUUAUGCCCAUGGACCAGGAGCUCAGCCUAAGCAACCACAAGCUGUUGGUAGGCCUGUUUCAGAAAAGAAAGCUGUUUCAGAAAAGAAAGAAUUCAAACUGUCACCUAAUGCUGCCGUGUUUACUCCACGAUCAAAGAUGAUUCAGAAACCAACGGCAGUUGAUGACCCACCAUUGGUUCAUGUGCCAUCAAUUGAACCGUUACAGUCUGAAUCACCAGUUGUGUCUGUACCGUCAGAAAAUGUUGGGGCAUCCUUCUUUCAAGACUUUGAUUUCCCCGAGGUGGACUCCAAUGAUAAAAGAAAUGCUGAUGUGGUAAACAAUAUGAAGCAAGUUCUACAUGUGAUGUUCCUCAAUCCAGGAUGUUUUGAUGACUAUAUCCAUCCUUUGGUGCAUGCCCUCAAUGGCAAUCCUCUUGAUCCAAAUCAACUGGAAAGUCUUACGUCAUUCAUCUACGAACAGGCCAUUUUUGAUACAAACUUCACAUACACUGCAGCUAAGGUUUGUAACUGUCUGUGCAAAGAACUUGUAGUAAAACAUGGUGCUGAAUCAUUCAGAGACAUCCUUAUGGGCAAGUUGAGGAAAGAAUAUUUUGAAAGAGAGGCAUCAUUGCAUGAUCCGCAUUUUACAGGCAGACUGUAUCAGUACACGAUGUUUUUGGCAGAAUUAUUUUUAAAUAUGGAAGUAAAAGCUAAAAACGAUACGUAUACCAAAGCAAUGAUUUUAAGAACUGCAUUAUAUGGUGUGAUGGAAUCACUUCUCAAGUUUCAAAAUGAAGAUAACAUGCAUUUACUUAUUAGACUUUUGAAAUUAACCGGUUCCCAAAUAGAAGACUUCGACAUAGAGCAAGACAUAAAGACAGGAAAUCUUAACAACAUUUUUUCGUCCAUCAGAACCUUAAUUCUUGAUCAAAAGUUACAACGGAAUACAAGGCAAAGGCUAUUGGAUUUAAUUGAACUGAGGUCUACCAACUGGGGGAGGGACACCAUCCCACCGGCAGCGCAAGGAGUACAUUCAAAAUCAGCUUCAGGCGAUAGUGCUGUUGGGGUUGCAGAUCCAAAUAUUUAUACUUAUUUUUCACCUGAUGGGAAAGUUAUCACAGAAGAAGAAUCUACUCGUUUUUAUGCAAAUGAAAACGAUUUUAAUAAUAUGGAUGACUACUUAAAGAAAUGGAGCUCGGGAAAGAAUGGGAAUUCAUCAGAUUUCCUUGAUGAUGAUUUGUACAGUGGAAGUGAUAAUUCAUACAAAGAGCAAGGUCAAGAUUCUGAAUAUGAUGACGAGAUUGCUACUGCCUUCGAGGAGUUCUUGAGGAUGAGUAACCGAUGAACCUCUCCUAGACUUACACACAAUAUAUUACCUGACAAAGGCAUACAUUUGUAUGUUAACACUUUACAGUUAUAAUCAAUAUGGUUCAACAUUUGUCUUGGUUGACUUCUUCAUUAUUUUGUCUUCAACAUCUUCAGAGAUUGUUUAAUCGUUUAUAACCAAUCACAGUAUUCCUUUGCUUUUGCAGACACACAUUAUAGUAAUAUUUUUUAUGUUUAAAUGUUAUCGUCGAAUUUUUGUUCCAUGUUAUCCAAAGCUAACUACAAAUGUAAAUAAGAUAAACAUGGCGAAUAGCGACACAUUUUCACAGGGUUUUUUCUUGUAAAACCUAGAUUUUAAGGUACUGUACUGUACUGUAUGUAUCAAACUUGAAAAUUGUAAACAUUUCUGUAGUGGAAAAACAGUGAAAGUAAAAUGUAGUAGAAUACAAAACCAAUUAAAAUACUAUUCUUCCACUUAUUGCUUAGUUGAUAACAAUAUAUUAAAUUUUUUUACUAAUUCAAAUGUGUAUGAGCACCAAUCAGAUUGUAUUAUUGUAGUUUUUAAGAGUUGUAAAUAUAAAGGCUAUACAGUAUAUAUAUAACCUUCAACAGCUGUCAGUUUAAGAAAAAGAGUUUGCAAUAUUUUAACUUCUUUUUAUUCUUAAACCUUGUAAAUUAAAGAGAUGUAGUAAUAAUAAUUGUGAUGUAAAAAUAAUGGGGAGUUUUCGGAAGCUCACGAAAAUGAUAAAUACAGUUACGUCAUCAGCUUUUUAGAAAACCCUUCUCCCACUGUAGUAUAUAUGUCACAACAUCAGACGAACCAUUCGUGCCUUUUGCGUGAAUCAAGGAUCAUAUUGUUGUUGUUGUUGUUGUUUGUCAGGAAUGUUUUAUGCACGAAUGAUGAUAAUAAUAAUGAUGUAUUCAUUUUCGUAAGGUUACAAAAUCUCCCUAAUGGUUUCUGUGACACUUCUGCAAUGUCCUGCUAUUCCAUCAUUUUUUAUUUUGUUUUAUAAUUGUAGUGAAAUAAAGCUUUACAUAAUAAUGUUGAGAAAUUUA